CCGCACGGUGUGUCUUUUCGCACACUACUAGUUAAAGUGGUAACUAAGAGAGCAUGACUAACUAGUUGUGGGUGAAAUUAUGGGAUGCAUCGUCAUGGCAACAGACCAGACGUCACAAUCUGGGCAUGUGUGUUCCAUUUUUGUCUUUCUUAUUUUUCAGACUGGAAGACCUGGAUAGAGAUCAGUGGAAAAUAAUAUAAUUUUCACUCGUGGAGAGAAAGCCCCAGAUCCACUGCAAAAAAAUAAAAUUUAUUUAUUUAUUUUUUUCCUGUGUAACUGAGCGACGAAUACAUUUCUUUUUUUUUUUGGGUGAAGAAAGAGCCUGGGCUGCGGCGUCUGGAGGGUUAACUUUCAGUAUUCUCAGCCUAAAAGGGGUUUGGGGGGCUAUGAGAUAAAGAUGCCGGGGUCGCUGAGUAAUGAAGACGAGGGACAAGACGACAUGGAUUUUGAAGACGAUAUGCCAGAUGAGGAUGAUGAAGGUGAGCGCAACACCGUUCCCCUCACACCCCUCGACAUCUUCUCUGACAAUGACUCCCUCAAACAACAAAAGAAGAAGAAGCCCAAAAAGAUGAAAGAGGGGAAAAUGCCCAAAGUUAAGAAGAGGAAAAAGGAGGGAGGAAUCCAGCCAAGGGUUGACAGCGACCUGGAGGAGACCUCAGAGGUGGAGGAGGAACGGGAACGGCCAGAAAUAGGCUCAGAGAGUGAGAGCAGCGCGUACGGCCCAACCAAAAAGAAGAAGAAGAAACCGAAAGAGAAGAAAGAGAAGAAGCCCAGGAAGAAGAAGAGAGAUGAGGAAGAUGAUGAUGAUGACGAUGAUGAUGGGAACAUGAAAGAACCUAAAUCAUCCAGCCAGUUGAUGCAGGAGUGGGGUCUGGAAGACGUUCAGUACGGCUUCACGGAGGACGACUACAAAACCAUCACGAACUACAAGGCUUUCAGCCAGUUCCUCAGGCCUCUCAUUGCCAAGAAGAACCCGAAGAUUCCCAUGUCAAAGAUGAUGACAGUGUUAGGGGCCAAGUGGCGAGAGUUCAGUGCCAACAACCCGUUCAAAGGCGCAUCUGCCACCGCUGUGGCUGCUGCUGUGGCUGCCGCCGUGGAAACGGUUACCGUGGCACAGCCGACAUCUGUCAGCAGCAGCCAGCCGAGCUCUCAGCUGGGGCCAAUCAAAAAAGCCAAAACCAAAGAGGGAAAGGGGCAAGGAGUUAGGAAGAGAAGCAAGACUGUGAAGGAGGUGAAGAAGAAACCCAAGCCGAAGAAGACCAAAUCAAAGUCGGGCCAAAGUGGGAAGAAGAAGAAAGCAUCCUCGAGCGAGGAGGACUUCCUGGAGGAGUCAGACUUUGAUGACAUCAGCAUCCACAGUGCCUCUGUGCUUUCUGAUACCUCGGGGGCCGCCACCAAGAAAAAGGCCCGACGUGGGCGGAAAAAAAGGAAAAAGGAAGAUGGUGAUGGUUAUGAGACGGACCACCAGGACUACUGUGAGGUUUGCCAGCAGGGCGGAGAGAUCAUCCUGUGUGACACCUGUCCCAGAGCGUACCACCUGGUCUGUCUGGACCCUGAGCUGGAGAAGGCCCCCGAGGGCAAAUGGAGCUGUCCACACUGUGAGAAAGAGGGCAUCCAGUGGGAGGCCAAAGACGAGGAGGAAGACGAGGAGGAGCCAGCAGGCGAGGAAGAGGACGACCACAUGGAGUUUUGCCGAGUGUGUAAAGAUGGAGGGGAGUUGCUGUGUUGCGACACCUGCCCAUCUUCCUACCACAUCCACUGCCUCAACCCACCUCUCCCCGAGAUACCCAACGGGGAGUGGUUGUGUCCACGCUGCAUGUGCCCUCCCCUCAAAGGUAAGGUCCAAAAGAUUCUCCACUGGACAUGGGGAGAGCCCCCGUUGCCAGCUGAGCUGCCUGCGGGCCCUGACGGCAAGCCAAACGAUCCACUGACCAAGCCUCCGCUCAAGGGCCACCCAGAGAGGGAGUUCUUCGUAAAGUGGGCUGGCCUUUCGUACUGGCACUGCUCCUGGGUCAGCGAGCUGCAGUUGGAGCUUUAUCACACGGUCAUGUAUCGCAACUACCAGCGCAAGAACGACAUGGACGAACCGCCGCCGUACGACUAUGGCUCCGGAGAGGAGGAGCUCAACAGCGAGAAGAGGAAGAGCAAAGACCCCCAGUACGCUGUGAUGGAGGAGCGCUUCUACCGCUACGGCAUCAAACCAGAGUGGAUGGUUAUCCACCGGAUAGUCAGCCACAGUUUCGAUAAGGACGGCGAUGUGCAUUACAUGAUCAAGUGGAGAGACCUGCCCUACGACCAGUGCACCUGGGAGGUGGAUGACUUCGAUGUCCCAGAAUAUGACGGUCAUAAAUCGUCUUACUGGGACCACAGGGAGCAAAUACUAGGGGAGGACCAACGCCCCCUGGUGGUGAGGAAAGGAAAGAAACUCAAAGACGACCAUCCAAAGAGGGAGGUCCCUCCUGAUGCUCCUAUCAUAGAUCCAACCAUCAAGUUUGAGCACCAGCCGUGGUACAUUAACGCCACUGGGGGAACACUGCACCCGUAUCAGCUGGAAGGCCUGAACUGGUUGAGGUUCUCAUGGGCGCAGGGCACAGACACAAUCCUGGCCGAUGAGAUGGGCCUUGGAAAGACGGUGCAGACAAUAGUGUUUCUGUACUCACUCUACAAGGAGGGUCACUCCAAGGGGCCGUUCUUGGUGAGUGCGCCCCUCUCCACUAUCAUCAACUGGGAGAGGGAAUUCGAGAUGUGGGCUCCAGAUUUCUACGUGGUGACGUACACUGGAGACAAAGACAGUCGGGCAAUCAUCAGAGAGAACGAGUUCACCUUUGAAGACAGUGCGGUGAAAACGGGACGCAAGGUGUUUCGGAUGAAGAAAGACACUCCAAUCAAGUUUCAUGUGCUGCUGACCUCUUACGAGCUGAUCACUAUAGAUCAAGCCAUUCUGGGCUCCAUCACCUGGGCCUGCCUGGUGGUGGACGAGGCCCACAGACUGAAAAACAACCAAUCAAAGUUUUUCAGAAUUCUCAACGGGUAUAAGAUCUACUACAAGCUGCUGCUCACUGGGACUCCUCUUCAGAACAACCUGGAAGAGCUGUUCCACUUGCUUAACUUCCUCACCCCAGAGCGCUUCAAUAACCUUGAAGGCUUCCUGGAGGAGUUUGCUGAUAUCUCCAAGGAGGACCAGAUCAAGAAGCUGCACGACCUGCUUGGCCCUCAUAUGCUCAGAAGGCUCAAAGCCGAUGUCUUCAAGAACAUGCCUGCAAAGACAGAGUUGAUUGUCAGAGUGGAGCUCAGCCCCAUGCAGAAGAAAUAUUACAAGUUUAUUUUGACGCGGAAUUUUGAGGCUCUGAACUCAAAAGGGGGAGGGAACCAAGUGUCCCUGCUCAACAUUAUGAUGGACCUGAAGAAGUGCUGCAACCAUCCCUACCUGUUCCCCGUGGCUGCUGUGGAAGCUCCUGUGCUACCCAACGGCUCGUACGAUGGCAACCUACUGGUGAAGUCCUCAGGAAAACUGACGCUGCUUCAGAAAAUGCUGAAGAAACUCAAAGAUGAGGGACACAGAGUUCUCAUUUUCUCUCAGAUGACAAAAAUGUUGGAUCUACUUGAGGAUUUUCUGGAGUUCGAGGGUUAUAAAUAUGAACGUAUUGAUGGAGGAAUUACUGGAGGCCUCAGGCAGGAGGCCAUUGACCGCUUCAAUGCACCGGGCGCUCAGCAGUUCUGCUUCUUGCUUUCAACGCGAGCCGGAGGUCUCGGCAUCAACCUGGCGAGCGCAGACACUGUCAUCAUCUACGACUCUGACUGGAAUCCUCACAAUGACAUCCAAGCUUUUAGUAGAGCCCAUCGUAUAGGUCAAAACAGGAAGGUGAUGAUCUAUCGAUUUGUGACGCGGGGCUCAGUGGAGGAGCGAAUCACUCAGGUGGCGAAGAGGAAGAUGAUGCUGACCCAUCUGGUGGUGCGGCCCGGCCUGGGCUCCAAAACUGGCUCCAUGUCCAAACAAGAACUGGACGAUAUUCUCAAGUUUGGCACUGAGGAGCUUUUCAAAGAUGAGAUGGAGGCAGCACGAACCAUGGGUGACAACAAAGAGGGCGAGGAGGGCAACGUGAUUCACUAUGACGAUGACGCCAUCUCGAAGCUGCUGGACCGCAGCCAGGACGCCACUGAAGACACGGAGAUCCAGAACAUGAACGAGUACCUGAGCUCCUUCAAGGUGGCUCAAUAUGUGGUGAAAGAAGAGGAUGGAGAGGAGGAGGUGGAGCGGGAGAUCAUCAAGCAGGAGGAGAACGUGGAUCCAGACUACUGGGAGAAGCUGCUCCGCCACCACUACGAGCAGCAGCAGGAAGAUCUGGCCCGCAACCUUGGCAAAGGCAAACGCAUCCGAAAGCAGGUCAACUACAACGAUACGACCCAGGAGGACCAAGAGUGGCAGGAUGAUCUUUCAGACAAUCAGUCGGAGUACUCUGUGGGGUCCGAGGACGAGGACGAAGAUUUCGAGGAGAGGCCUGAAGGCGGACGCAGACAGUCUCGCCGGCAGCUGAAGAAUGAGAAAGACAAACCUUUGCCACCCUUACUGGCACGAGUUGGGGGCAGUAUUGAGGUCCUGGGGUUCAACGCUCGCCAGAGGAAAGCCUUCCUCAAUGCCAUCAUGCGCUGGGGCAUGCCUCCUCAGGAUGCCUUCAACUCCCACUGGCUGGUUCGAGACCUGAGAGGGAAGAGUGAGCGCGAGUUCAGGGCCUAUGUGUCUCUGUUCAUGAGACAUCUGUGUGAGCCGGGGGCAGACGGAGCAGAGACCUUUGCUGACGGAGUCCCACGUGAAGGACUGUCUCGUCAGCAUGUUCUAACCAGGAUCGGCGUCAUGUCCCUUGUCAGGAAAAAGGUGCAAGAGUUUGAGCAUGUAAAUGGAAAGCUGAGCUCUCCAGAUCUGAUUCCCAUCGGCAUGGAGCUGAAGAAACUGACUGAGAGUUUAUCUUCUGAUCCCAACACCCCUGUGCCAGCCAGCCCUGUCGCUACGCAGCCCGGCACUCCCAUCCCACCAGAGAAGACUGAGUCUCUCUUGGGCACCGCUGAAGACAAGGAGACCACAGAGCAAGAUAGCAAGAGAUCGUCAGAGCAGGAAUCUUCCAGUGCAGAGCCAGCAUCUGUACCUGAGAAAGCAUCUGACGGCGAGGAGAGCAAGGCCAGCUCAGAGGAGAAAACAGGAGAUGAGAGGGACGCAACUGAGUCCCCCUCUGCAAAGUCAGAGCCAUCUGCCAACUCCAAAGAGUCCGCUUUGAAACAGACAGAGCUACCAUCCAGUCAACCCUCACCUAAAAUGGAGCCCUGCAAAGAAACAGAAAAAGGAGAUAGUGAUUCUCCUCAGGCAAAAACUGAAGACAAGGAAAAUAAGCCAGCCGUUGCAGAUGAUAUGAAGAGUGAGGAUGCGUUAGAGGGUCGAUUAAAUGGAGACAAAGACACUUUGGACGAGAUGGAUGAGAGCAGGAAGGAGGACAAGAACGGAUACAAAGCCAAGUUUAUGUUCAAUAUCGCUGAUGGAGGUUUCACAGAGUUGCACACCCUCUGGCAAACCGAAGAACGAGCGGCGCUGUCUUCUGGAAAGAUGCAUGACAUCUGGCACCGUCGCCAUGACUACUGGCUUUUGGCUGGCAUCGUAACACAUGGCUAUGCUCGUUGGCAGGACAUUCAGAAUGACCCACGUUACGCCAUUCUGAAUGAGCCCUUCAAGACUGAGAUGCAUAAGGGCAACUACCUGGAGAUGAAGAACAAGUUCCUGGCUCGCCGCUUUAAGUUGUUGGAGCAGGCCCUGGUGAUUGAGGAGCAGUUGAGGCGGGCAGCUUACCUGAAUAUGACCCAGGACCCCAGCCACCCGGCCAUGGCUCUCAACACUCGCUUCGCCGAGGUGGAAUGUCUGGCAGAGUCCCACCAGCACCUGUCCAAAGAGUCUCUGGCCGGGAACAAGCCUGCCAACGCCGUGCUCCACAAAGUGCUGAACCAGCUGGAGGAGCUUCUGAGCGACAUGAAAGCUGAUGUGACCCGACUGCCCAACAUGCUGUCCAGGAUCCCGCCGGUGUCGGCCCGUCUGCAGAUGUCUGAGAGGAGCAUCCUGAGCCGCCUCACCAGCCGAGGGAGCGAGCCUCCACCUCAGCAGCCUUUUAGCCAGGGUGGGUUCGGCUGCUCCCAGAUGUACAGCAGCAGCUUCGGUGGAGGGUUCAGAGGACCGGGUGGACAGCCUAUGGUCAACUACAGUCAGAUGCCUCUGGGACCCUACGUCAGCGACCUACAUCCUUAUUCAGUGUCCUCUAACGGCCCUCCACCCCCUUCAAGCCAUCUGGACAAGAAGUCACUCGACUCCUUGAGAGACGUAGCGACCCCUGACCUCAAGUCAGGCAAACCUAGUGAUGUCAUCUGUAUCGAGGACUAGGCCAGCUCUGCAAAACCGACCCGAGGGUCAGAAAACUCCCAGGGAUGGAAUCUGUAAGGAUGACAGCUGCCCAUCUCCUUCGCCACAUCCUCCUCUUUCUCCUGCUCCUUCCUGACUUCAAAUCUACAGAGUCAAGCUCUCUAAGGCGAUUCACUUUUUGAUUAAUACAGAUGUAUCUAUCUUAACAAUUGCACUUUUAUCUUUCGAGGAUCCUAUAGCAGUAUUUCAGUAGAUAUUUUGCUUUUGUUGACCUGUGCUGGAGAGCUGAGGAUAAGGAGGGAAAAUGAAGCAGCUGUUCUGAAAGAGGAUUUUUAUUUUCAGCCCCGCGCUACGAGGGGAAACUCAAGCGAGUCGGCAUGACUGAGUUUCCUGACGCUCUUGAUUGCGGCUCAUUCUAAUCUUGGAAUGUGUGUUUUGAUCGCGCCAGACUCUACGUUUUCAUCCUGUGUGCGCCCCGUUGCUUUUAACCAUCUGCCUAUUCACUGUACACUGUGACUGUGCCCCUCUGGAGCUUGUUCCCUGUGAGGAGGAGUUAAGGACGUCUUCAGUCAUAGUCAGAUAGGAGGUUGUUUUUCUGAGGGCCAAUAUUGUUACUUUAAAUGAAUAUGUGUUUUGUCAUUCAUGUAGUAACCAGUGGAUAAAGUAUUGAUUUGAAAGCAUCAGAAACUAUUAUCAUGUAUGCAGUAGCUGGACACAGUCUGUCUGAAUCCUCUAAAGACUGCCACCCGCUGGUCAUCUGGAGAAAGUAAUCUCCUCAAAACCUGCAGGUACACUCGACUGCAGCACCAGUAACCUCCGAGGGUUGGCUUCUUGUACUGUAUAUACUCAGAGACUGCUGUUUAUUUUACCUCACAUAGGUCUAAUCAUAGUGAAAAUAUGUAUACAUACAUGGAUGAAAUCAGAAGCCUUGAGCCUUGCCAUCGUAUGUGAAGAUCGAGCAGAGGAGAAAAAGCUGCAGGAGUGGCAAAAAUGAUUUUUAAACGCAUUUCAGAGAAGACUGAGUAUUUCUGUGUACGGUACAAUAUUUGUGAUUCUUAUUAUAUUUGAAUGUUAGUAGUGGCUGUAGAGCUUAACCCUGGGGCCAUGACCAGUGGGACUGCACUAUAAACAGGAACUCAUCUGGUCUACAUCCACAUACUGUACAGGGCUUUAAUGUUCAGGCCUAACUGACAACAGAGUCCUGGAGUGGAGCGUGGCUAUUUUACGUACAUCCCAGGGACUUUCCCAGCUCCCUUUCAUUGUUAGAACCGAGUAAGAACAUAUGUGCUUCUGGCGCAGUGUCAUUUUGAGUCUAGUAUUUGUCGCAAAAUGAGCUUUUGUUUGCUUCUCUUUAUGUUGAGGUAAAAUAAGACGUGUUUGGUCACUUGGUGCCAUUAAAGAAGACGAUCCAGUAUGAUUUGUUCAUUUAUGCAGUGUGUUUCCUGCACAGAUGUGGAGACUGUCAUUAGGGCUGGGUGAUAUGGAGACAAAUAUCACAAUAUUUCACCAGUACUGUAGGGUGGAGUAUUGGUGCUUUCACUAAAUAUUUACACAAUGUGAUUUUUGAUUAAUAAUAAUCAGCAAUUUGGAUAAAAUCAUCAAGUGGUUAAAGGCAAAAACAGAACACUGAGAACAGUCUGACAUCACUUCACUGCAAUGCAUCCUUUAAAGGUUCAGUGUGUAAGAAUCAGGGGGAUUUAGUGGCAUCUAGUCGUGAGCAACCAGCCGAACCUUCUCCUGGUUAGAAUUCCUUCAGUGUUCAUUGUUUAGGUUUUUACCAGGAGCCGAAUUAUCCGCAGAGGUCUCUUCCUCUCCAAAACAAACAGACCAGGUGAUUAAAACCAGUGACAACACUGAAUAAAGCAAUUUCCCGUAACAAAUCAGUGUUUCUCCGAUGCUGUUUAGCAUGUCGUAGAUGGGCCGCUAGUCCAGCACCUGCUUAUGUGUGCCUACCUUUUUUGUCUGAUAACUUAAGAUCCAGACAAUCAGGAGGUUUUUACCAGGAGCCCAAUUAUCCACAGAGGUCUCUUCCUCUCAAGAACAAACAGACUAGAUGAUUAAAAGAAGUGACACCACUGAACAAAGCAUUUUCACGUAACAAAUCAGUGAUUCUCCAAAUUAUAGAUGGGCCACUAACGUAUGCUCACCU